CCACAGGAGGUGGAUCUGUUGGACAUCUGUGUGAUCCGCGACACCCGGACCGGGCGCUACGCGCGGGUGCCAAAGGACCCCCGCACGCGGGAGCUGUUGGGGUUUGGGGGUGCAGGGGGGCACCCCCAGGAGCGGCUCCUGACCGUGGUGCACGGCCCCGACAUGGUCAACGUCGCCUUCCUCAACUUCCUGGCCGUGCAGGACCACGUGGCCAAGGUAUGGACCGAGGAGCUCUUCAAGUUGGCCACCAACAUCCUGGCCCGGAACGCGUCGCGCAACACCUUCCUGCGCAAAGCCUACACGAAGCUGCGGCUCCAGGUGAACCAGGAUGGGCGCAUCCCCGUCAAGAACAUCCUGAAGAUGUUCUCUGCUGACAAGAAGCGCGUGGAGACGGCGCUGGAGUCGUGCGGCCUGAGCUGCAACCGGAGCGACGCCAUCCCCCCCGAGGAGUUCUCCCUGGACACGUUCCGGCGCUUCCUGAGCAAGCUCUGCCUGCGCCCCGACAUCGACAAGAUCCUGCUGGAGAUCGGCGCCGCGGGGAAGCCGUACCUGAGCCUGGAGCAGCUCCGGGACUUCGUGAACUGCCGGCAGCGGGACCCGCGGCUCAACGAGGUCCUGUUCCCCCCGCUGAGCGCCGAGCAGGCGCGGGCGCUGGUGCAGCGCUACGAGCCCAACCUGCAGUUCCGGCAGCGCGGGCAGAUGUCCAUGGAGGGCUUCGGGCGGUUCCUGGGGGGGGAGGAGAACAGCAUCGUCCCCCCCGAGAGCCUGCGCCUGCACCAGGACAUGAGCCAGCCCCUGGCCAGCUACUUCAUCAGCUCCUCGCACAACACCUACCUCACCGCGGGGCAGUUGACCGGCGCCUCCUCGGUGGAGAUGUACCGGCAGGUGCUGCUGAGCGGCUGCCGCUGCGUGGAGCUGGACUGUUGGCAGGGGCGCCCCCCCGAGGAGGAGCCCGUCAUUACACACGGCUUCACCAUGACCACCGAGAUCCCCUUCAGGGAGGUGAUUGAGGCCAUCGCCGAAAGCGCCUUCAAGACGUCGCCGUACCCCGUGAUCCUGUCCUUCGAGAACCACGUGGACUCGGCCAAGCAGCAGGCGAAGAUGGCCGAGUAUUGCCGCAGCAUCUUCGGGGACGCGCUGCUCAUCGACCCCCUGGACAAGUACCCGCUGGAGCCGGGGGUGCCCCUGCCCAGCCCCCAGGACCUUCUGGGCCGGAUCUUGGUCAAGAACAAGAAGCGGCACCCGAGGGGGACCCCAAAACCGCCGCUGAACCCCAAAACCAGCGACAACGGCCCCCCCUCGGAGCCCCCCGAAGUUGGGGUCUCCCCUGUGCCCAAUGGGGAGGAGAAGGGCUCCAGACUGGGGGAACCCCGAAAGUCCAUUGACCGCGAUGCCGCCGACAGCGAGGAAGAGGAGGAGGAGGAGCCCCCGGAGAUGAAGAAGCCAACAACCGAUGAGGGCACGGCCAGCAGCGAGGUGACGGCCACCGAGGAGAUGUCCACGCUGGUCAACUACGUCCAACCCGUCAAGUUCAAGUCCUUCCAGGCCGCCCGCAAGCGCAACAAGGCCUUUGAGAUGUCGUCCUUUGUGGAGACCAAGGGGUUGGAGCAGCUCACCAAGAGCCCCCUCGAGUUCGUGGAGUACAACAAGCGCCAGCUGAGCCGGGUCUACCCCAAGGGCACCCGCGUGGACUCCUCCAACUUCCAGCCGCAGCUCUUCUGGAACGCGGGCUGCCACAUGGCUGCGCUCAACUUCCAGACCCUCGACGUGCCCAUGCAGCUGAACCUGGGGCUCUUUGAGUACAACGCCCGCUGCGGGCUCCUGCUCAAGCCCGAGUUCAUGCGGCGCCCGGACAAAGCCUUCGACCCCUUCGCCGAGGACCUGGUGGACGGGAUCGUGGCCAACACCCUGCGGGUGCAGGUGAUCUCGGGUCAGUUCCUGUCGGAGCGCCGCGGGGGGGUCUAUGUGGAGGUCGAUGUGUUCGGGCUGCCCGUGGACACGCGGCGCCGGUUCCGCACGCGGCCUUGCCAGGGGCACCCGUUCAACCCGGUGUGGGACGAGGAGCCCUUCCUGUUCCCCAAGGUGGUACUGCCCUCCCUGGCCUCCCUGCGUGUGGCUGCCUAUGAGGAGGGGGGGCGGUUCCUGGGGCACCGAGUGCUGCCCGUGGCUGCGCUGCGCUCCGGGUACCACUACGUGUGCCUGCGCAAUGAGAGCAACCAGCCCCUCUGCCUGCCCGCCCUGCUGCUGUACACCCAGGCCUGCGACUACGUCCCACAGGGACACCAAGAUUACGCCGAGGCCUUGAGCAACCCCAUCAAACACGUCAGCCUCAUGGACCAACGUGCCCGGCAGCUGGCGGCCCUCAUGGGGGACAGUGAGGAGAACCCCGAGAAGCCGCGUGAGACCCCGGGGGGGGCACGAGGGGACGCAGCCACCGACCCCCCCCCUGAACCCCGGCCCCCUCCCCAGCCCGGGCCCCCCGCCCCCGGCCCCCCCCCUGUGUCCAGCCCAGGUCAAAGGGACGACCUCAUCGCCAGCGUCCUCACAGAGGUGUUGCCACCGUCGCUGCAGGAGCUGCAGCAGCACAAGGGCUACGUGAAGCUGCUCAAGCAGCAGAGCCGGGAGCUGAAGGAGCUGCACAAGAAGCACCUCAAGAGGCUCCUGGCCCUGCACAAACGCAUGGGGGGAAGCAGCAGCAAGGAGGCAGCGGGGGAGCUGCUGGAGCUGCGACAGGAGCAGCACAGGGCAGAGCAUGGGUGCAGGAGGGAGCAGCUGCGGCAGGCCCAGCAGCGGCUGCGGGAGGUGGCUCUGGAGGCUCAGGCUGCGCAGCUCAAGCGCCUGCGGCAAACCAGUGAGAGGUGGGUGCUGGGGGG